CCUCCCCUUUUCCCUUUAACUAUAUUCCGUGUUAAUCCUAUAAUCCUAUUUUGGUAAUAAGACUGCAUUUAUUACGCAUCCUCCUUGUUGAGUCUUCUCCGCAGUCCUCCUAGCCCCAGCUUCCCCCUCUUUGGCUCACUGAUCAGCCUGAAAGUUCCUUUACAUAUUUCUCAAGGCUAUGGAUAUUUCUGUUGCAUUUCCUCAAGCAACUCCAGCUUCCAAGUUUCCUCAGUGCAAAUCUGACUAUUAUGAGUUUAAUGACCUGCUUACUCCUGAUGAGAGAAAUCUCAGAAUGAAAGUCAGAGAGUGCAUGGAAAAAGAAGUAGCGCCGAUAAUGGCAAAGUACUGGGAAAAGGCUGAGUUUCCCUUUGAAAUAAUUCCAAAACUUGGUGCUUUACGCAUGGCUGGUGGCACCAUCAAGGGGUAUGGCUGUCCUGGACUCUCUUUAACAGCGAGUGCUGUUGCUGUAGCAGAAGUUGCUAGAGUUGAUGCCAGCUGCUCAACUUUUAUUCUGGUUCAUUCUUCUUUAGCUAUGCUAACGAUAGCACUUUGCGGGUCAGAGAUACAAAAGCAGAAGUAUUUACCAUCAUUGGCCACGCUGGAUACUAUAUCAUGUUGGGCACUUACAGAACCGGACUAUGGGAGUGAUGCAAGUUCUUUGAAAACAGUUGCAACAAAGGUUGAAGGAGGUUGGGUCAUAGAAGGUCAAAAGCGUUGGAUAGGAAACGGUACAUUCGCAGAUGUACUCAUAAUUUUUGCUAGAAAUGCUGGUACAAACCAGAUAAAUGGAUUUAUAAUAAAGAAAGACGCACCUGGAUUGCAAGCCACUAAAAUAGAGAAUAAGAUUGGCCUGAGGCUGGUUCAAAAUGCAGAUAUUCUCCUAAACAAAGUUUUUGUGCCAGAUGAGGACAGAUUACCUGGAGUUAAUUCUUUUCAGGAUACAAAUAAGGUUCUUGCUGUCUCGCGUGUCAUGGUUGCAUGGCAACCAAUUGGCAUCUCAAUGGGUGUUUAUGAUAUGUGCCACAGGUACCUGAAAGAGAGGAAGCAAUUUGGUGCUCCAUUAGCUGCUUUCCAGAUCAACCAACAGAAACUGGUCCAAAUGCUGUCAAACAUUCAGGCGAUGUUUCUUGUUGGCUGGCGCCUUUGCAAGCUGUACGAGAGUGGUAAAAUGACUCCUGGUCAGGCGAGCUUAGCGAAAUCCUGGAUUACACUGCGGGCAAGAGAGACUGUAUCACUUGGCCGCGAACUUUUAGGAGGCAAUGGAGUCUUGGCAGAUUUUCUAGUAGCAAAGGCGUUUUGUGACAUGGAACCAAUCUACACAUAUGAAGGUACCUAUGACAUAAACACCCUAGUAACAGGAAGAGAAAUCACUGGUAUUGCAAGCUUCAAGCCAGCUCCUUCAAGUAAAAGGAGUCGCUUGUAAUUGUUUUUCAAUGUUGUUGAUUGAUGAUCAUCUAUGUUCUCUGAGAAGUGUGAAAUAGGAGCAGCUCUCUUCCUGGCCCUCACUCUGCUCACAGGUCUUGCGGGCACUGUAAACUGGUCAACAUAUACAUAAUAAAAUAAAAUAAGUUUGAUAAGGGAAAAACUUUGCAUUUGCUUAGAGGCAACAUGUGCGCCAAGAGUUGGAAAUAAUGCCCAUUUGAGUUUUAAUUGUUUUGGUGGAUGUGUUCUUUUAGAUGAGUGAAUUGUGUUCUCAAUAUGGCAGUCCAUUUGUAGUCCUUCAAUUAUACGAUUGUAUUCUGUAUGUCCCAUGGCACUCGUUCAAGAUUGUUAUUCAGGUCAAAUAAUAUUUUAUCCUAGCUCUUGUUCUCAUACCAUAUUUCUCUACAUCUCUACAAUCUUAUAAGAGGGAAUAUUGUUAGGGGUAUAACGGUG